AUCGGAGCAUCACUUUUUGCCAGUAACAUUGGUAGCGGCCACUUUGUAGGAAUCGCUGGCACCGCUGCAGCUGGAGGAAUAGCCACUGGUGGAUUUGAAUGGAAUGCCCUUGUAGUAGUCGUCAUUCUGGGAUGGCUGUUUGUGCCCAUCUACAUUAAAGCUGGGGUGGUCACCAUGCCCGAGUACCUGAAGAAGAGGUUUGGAGGACAGCGUAUUCGCAUCUAUCUCUCUGUGCUCUCCCUCUUCUUGUAUAUUUUCACCAAGAUCUCAGCAGACAUGUUCUCUGGCGCCAUUUUUAUCAACCAGGCUCUUGGGCUGAACAUCUACCUUGCUGUUAUCCUGCUACUACUGAUUACUGCGCUAUACACUGUCACAGGUGGACUUGCUGCAGUGAUCUACACAGACGCCUUACAGACCGUCAUCAUGGUUGUUGGAUCAUUCAUCCUUAUGGGCUUUGGUUUCCAUGAGGUGGGAGGCUAUGAAAGCUUCAUGGAUAAGUACAUGGAGGCCAUCCCCAAAAACACGACUGGCAUCAGUCCAGAAUGCUACGAGCCUCGACCAGACUCCUUCCACCUUUUCAGGGAUCCAAUCACAGGAGACCUGCCAUGGCCUGGCCUGAUAUUCGGACUCACCAUUCAGGCCACCUGGUACUGGUGCACCGAUCAGGUGAUUGUUCAGCGCUGCCUCUCCGCCAAGAAUCUGUCUCACGUUAAGGCCGGUUGUAUCCUCUGCGGCUACCUGAAGCUGCUGCCCAUGUUCCUCAUGGUUUUCCCCGGGAUGAUCAGCAGGAUUCUCUACCCUGAUGUGGUGGCAUGUGUGGUCCCGGAGAUAUGUCAAGAAGAGUGCGGUGCCAGUGUAGGCUGCACCAACAUCGCCUAUCCCAAAAUGGUGGUGGAUCUCAUGCCCAACGGUCUGCGAGGUCUCAUGCUGUCUGUGAUGUUGGCCUCUCUGAUGAGCUCCCUCACCUCCAUCUUCAACAGUGCCAGUACUCUCUUCACCAUGGACAUCUACACAAAGAUUCGCCGCCACGCCAAAGAGAGGGAACUCAUGAUUGCUGGCAGAGUGUUUAUCUUGGUCCUGAUUGGUUUGAGCAUCGCAUGGAUCCCUGUGGUGCAGUCAGCCCAGAGCGGUCAGCUGUUCGACUACAUCCAGUCUAUCACCAGCUACCUCACUCCACCCAUUGCAGCCCUCUUCAUGCUCGCCAUCUUUUGUAAACGAGUGAAUGAAACUGGUGCAUUUUGGGGCCUGUUGAUUGGCCUGGUGAUCGGCCUGUCCAGAAUGAUUGCUGAGUUUGCUUAUGGGACAGGAAGCUGUGUAGAACCCAGUGUCUGUCCCACCAUCAUCUGUGGAGUCCAUUACCUCUACUUUUCCAUCAUCCUGUUCACUAUCUCCUGCAUCAUCAUACUUUCAGUCUCCGUCAUGACCAAACCCAUCGACGACAAGCACUUGUAUCGACUGUGCUGGAGCCUGAGGAACCGAACGGAGGAGAGGAUAGACCUUGAACAGGAUGACUGGGUUAAUGAUGCAGAUGCCGACAGCGUGGAUGAAGAUGAACAUCGUGAGGAACCUGGUGUGUGCAAGAAGGCACUGAUGUGCUUCUGCGGACUGGAGCAGGAAAAUGCUCCCAAGCUGACCAAAGAGGAGGAAGCGGAGCUGCAGAAGAAGCUGACAGACACAUCAGAGGUGCCACUAUGGAGGAACAUUGUCAAUGCCAACGCCAUCAUCCUCCUCUGUGUGGCUGUCUUCUGUCAUGGCUAUUUUGCUUAAAGGAACUCUGGGAUACUCUAACUUAUAUUUCACUGACCGGAUAUUAUAUUAAUAUAAUUUAUGACCAAAACAACCAGUGAGUAGUCUUUAAUAUUAAGAUAAUGCACUUGUCUACCUUUCUGCUCUAUCGCUACUAAUAUAUGUACUAUAUGUUGUUUAUGGUAUGGAACUCGUCCAUUACAUGUUAUAUAUUUUUGCAAAGAAAUUGCCUUUUCUGUUAACUUUUCCUGGUAUUUGUACUACUGAAGUUAACCAGUAAACCAUACUGUAACAUAUUUACGCAUAUUACUCUUAAAAUCUGUUAAAUAAGUGCACAAAUAUUCACACAUUUGUAUGCUAGUCGUUGUUCUGACACCCUUCACAUUUGUAGAUCCCCUCAGCUUUCCGUCUUGUCUUUAUGGUCACUUAUGUGAAUGUUAACGUAAUGAUCAGGAGGAUAUGUAAAUUAAAGCAGCUCACGAAUGGAGAUGGAGCUUGACUCACGGCUGUCUUCACCUUAAAACUCAUCGGGGCGCCUGUAUAGCUCAAUGGGUUAAGCAGGCGAACCAUGUAUAGGGGCUGGUCUCCGACGCAGUGGCCCGGGUUCGAUUCCCACUCGCAGUGCUUUGCUGCAUGUCUUUCCCCCAACUCUUCUCCCGAUUUCCUGUCUCUCUCUACCUCUCCUAUCCAAUAAAGCCUAGAAAAGGCCAAAAAAUAAACAGUGCACUUAUUCAGUUGUGGAAAUGUCUAAAUUGUGAUCCAAGCUCACAGGUUCUUGAUGAUUAGCCACACAUCACUAUCCCAAUCAUGAAGAUGUACAUUUUGUUCCAACUGCAACACUUAAAUCUGACCCAACACUGGAAAUAAAAAUGCUUGGUUAUCUUG